GGUUUGUUAGCUUGCCUGUUUUGUACCCCUGUGAAAGCUGAUAAAGGAAAAGAGGGUGAGCUCUUUUAAUUUUCAUCUCGUUCGUUUUGUGAAGGCGCCGUUUCUUUUAAUAGAGAACUUUAUAUUCGAAGACGAGAACGACAAGUUUUUUUCCCCGGAAAGCUUCAUUGUACUUUGGAUUCACUAAAAAAGUUAGCACUGUUAUCUUUAUUGAAGGAGGUUAAGCCCUCUCCCGAUAGUUAAAACUUCUAUUAUUAGACAACUUGUUUCCGCCAUUACGACAUUCUAGCUAAAACGCGUCGUAGAAUGACAACCGCUACCACGUUUUUUUCUGCCAAAAUGACGCUGGUUCACGUGCGAACACUUCUAAGUAUAGUCGUAGUCGUUCUCGUCUUCGAAUCUAAGGGUCUCUUUUAACAAACCGGCACUACAACUUUCGUUUUCGUGAAUCAAGAGAUUUAACAUUCUCUUUAUUCUCAGCUGAUUCCACCAAAGAUCAAACUCAAGAUGGGGGGAGCCACAAGCUAGGUAGGAUUUUUCUUUCCUCAAACAUAAUAUACUGGCCAAACUGCGUAGUUGUCUUGUGUGGCUAUUGUUUCUGAGUGGAUGCCAGCUUUUUAGAUGUCCCAAAAAAUUCCUUCUUUUUGGUAGGGAGACAGAACGUUAUAUUCCAAUUCCCUGAUCUUUGGACAUCUUUAGUACUCUUAAUUAAAUGGUAGGGAAAAAACGCGUCUUAAAACCAAGUACCCUUUUCUGUCAGUUAGCUAGGAAAUUUAUCGCUAACUUUCUAGGAAAGGCGGAAAUUUUAUCUGAAAAGAGUAGAAUUGGUACUCAAUGUUUUGCCAAAAGUUAGCCAGUAUUUUGUGCUUAACUCUCUUUUUUGCUUCCCAUUAUAAUCUAACCUCGGCUUCACCGAUGUAUAAAUAAAGAAGAAAACACAGGUUAAAAGCGUUUUAAAAAUUGGAAUGGACGCAAUAAUGGAAUCGUCCAUAAACUAACGACCGGACGCCUAAUAAAUGUUUAUCAGUACAGAAAAUAAGUUUUGGUUAAAAUUGUUGCUUUUAAACGCUUUGAAAAAUAAAGUUUUUAUUUGCCAGUUAUUUUCACUUUCUGUUAGAGUGCACUUCAGAGGAAACCCAAAAAGUAGGUUGUCUACAUGGAGGAUCCUGUUUUGCUGUCGAAAUCGCAGGAGCAAGGCAUACAGCUUGUCACUGUACAGCAGAGUUUACAGGCAAAAGAUGUCAAUAUCAGGCGGUUGAUCCAGAGCUUCUUAGCAGUGGACACUAA